GCUUCAGCAUUAUGCAGAUGCUAUUACUUCUCUUCUUCAAUCUCUGUAUAUUUCCUUAUUAUUGUAACACAUUGCAUGCAAGCAGAGUCACUCAUCUUCCAGGCUUCAAUGGCUCACUCCCUUUCUAUCUUGAAACUGGCUAUGUGACCGUGAAUGAAAAGAGCGGUGCAGAGCUCUUCUACUACUUUGUAGAGUCUGAUAGGAAGCCCAAAGAUGAUCCACUCAUCCUUUGGCUUGUUGGUGGCCCUUACUGCUCUGGUUUUAUUGGCUUCGCCUUAGAUAUUGGCCCUCUUAAGUUUAAUGUAAAAGCAUAUGAUGGAACAUUGCCUACUUUAAUUUCCAAUCCUUAUUCAUGGACAAAGAUCUCUAGCAUUAUCUUUUUGGAUUGGCCUGUGGGGACUGGAUUCUCAUUUUCAAGAAGCAUGGUGGAUUAUCAUACUGAUGAUGUACAAUCCACAAAACAAAUCUAUAAGUUCCUUAUAAAGUGGUUGCUUGCUCAUCCAAGUUUUCAAUCAAAUCCUUUUUAUGUUGGUGGCGAUUCAUAUGGAGGGAAGAUGGCUCCUCUACUUGCUCUAGAGAUAGUAGAAGGCAAUGAAGAUUUUGAACAACCUUUUGUAAAUCUCAAGGGUUAUUUAGUUGGCAACCCUGUAACAAGUGGAAUAUUUGACAUCAUUUUUCAAGCUCCUCAUGCUCAUGGAUUGGGAAUAAUUUCACAUGAACUAUUCGAGCUAAUACAAAUAAAUUGUGGGGUGGGACACUAUCUCAAUCAUAAGAGUGCCGAUUGUGAAGCUAACCUCAAAAUUUUGAAUGGGUUUCUUUCAGAGAUCAAUAUAUUUGACAUAUUGAAGCCUAAAUGUGCUGAGGACCCUCCUACACCAAGUAAACUAGGAGGAGGCAGUCAAUCAAUCAAGAAAAAGUCUGUUGAAUUCCAUAAUUCAUUAUCCAUGCCAGAUAUUGAUUGUGCAAAUGAUCGUAUUCUUUCUUUUUACUGGUCAAAUGACAAACUCACUAAAGAAGCCCUUCAUAUCAAAGAGGGAACUGUGGAAGAAUGGCUUCGUUGCAAAGAUCAUUUGAAUAAUUACACUGUUAACAUACCAACUUGCGUGCCACAUCAUCUCAAUUUAACAAGCAGAGGAUAUCGAGCUUUGGUUUAUAGUGGAGACCAUGAUCUUGUUGUACCAUUCAUUAGCACACUAGAGUGGAUAAGAUCAUUCAACUUCUCUAUCAUCGACAAUUGGCGUUCAUGGCGUGCAGGCGGCCAAGUUGCAGGGUAUACGAUGAUGUUCUCAAACAAUCUAACAUUUGCAACUGUGAAGGGUGGAAGCCAUACAGUUCCAGAUGAUAUGCCUUUGCAAUGCUUUGUUAUGUUUGAGAGGUGGAUUUCUCAUAAGUUUCUAUGAUUAAUCUGACUUCGAUGAACAAAUUAAAAGAGGCCAAUUUCUAUGGAUUGUGAUUGGAAGAUGUUAAAAACAACUUAAUAAAUGUUCUGUGUGAUUGAAAAUUGUCAUCUUUUUUUUCCAGAACAAAAAUAAAAAGAAAAGAAAAAACAAGUUGAUCAUUUCA